AUGACCUCAUAUGCAUUUGCCUUUGGUUUGGGAAGUGGUUUAAUACUCUCGGCUCCAACCUUCCUACUAGCUUGUAAAUUUUUCACAUUAUCUCCAUUCAUUGUUUGUCCAAUAACGAGUGGAUUGUUAGGUCUAUUUUUUGGAGCUGCCUAUCAGUGGAAUUGGGGUGUUGGUUGGCCAACUGGUUUUGGUUGUACUUGUGCCAACAUAUUGAGCAGUAUUGCAUUGGUGACUCUGUUCUUAUCAGAAAAUGAAUUCGAAAGUAGUAGCAAGUUGUUUUCCUUGAUUGGAUUAACUGCUGCAAAUAUUGACCCAAAGGAUAUUAAUUCUGAAGAACCUUUAUUUUAUAUUAAUACUUCAUCUUUAAUGUUUGAAAAUACUCCUUUUGAUGCAAAUGAUUACGUAUUGAAAGAGAAUCCAGCCAAAGAAUCAUUAGAUGGUCUCAAAAUGAUAUUUUUAAGAGUAUCCUCUGCUAUUGAGGAGUUACUAGAGUUGAGAUCAAAUGAAAAUAUGAAAGUUGAGGCUGAAGAUAUUGGCUUUGGUGCAGAUUCUGUUCCUUCAGGUAUUUCAAUAAUUAAGGACUGUAUUGUUAAAUUUUGGGUUAAAAAUGUAAAGAAUAGAAUCAUUCCAAACAUUAGAACUCCACUCUCUCCAUUAGAUACAAUUAUCAUUUUCAGAGUUGUUUAUGAUUCAUUGAGAUUUUGUCACAGAGAUAUUAGACCUGAUAAUGUUAUGCGGACUGAUGAUGGUAAAUUGAUAUUAAUUGAUUGGGGUUUUGCAUGUGCAAUUAAUGAGACAACUUUUUUUGCUGGUAUUAUUUCUUUUUGUGUUGAUGAUUAUUUAGGUUGCGUUUUGGAUCAAAAUACUUUCAUAAGACCGUACAAGAAAGAGUAUGAUUGUGAAUCAAUGCUAAAAACUUUUUGUUUUUGGUUUGAUGAAGAUAAAAUAGAAAUAUUAUCAGUGAACAGAUUAAAGAAAGCAGAGGGAGCUAGAAAUUUUUGGACUAAUUUUAAUAAGUUGAAUUUCCAAUCAAUUUUAAAACAAAUUCAUACCAAAAAUUCUGAUCCUUAUGAAGUUCUUAAAUCAUUUUUUACUAAAAACAAUAUUGAUUAA